AUGGCCGACUUCACUGUCGCCGACCGCGUCAGCGUCGGGCUCCACGGACGGUCCGAUGAGAUGAUAUUCGAGGCCACGGUGCGCGAUCCUAGCAGUGAGCUGUACGGGUCGACGGUGGUGUUGCGGCAGCUGACUAGCUCACAGGCGAAGCGGAGGGGCCGCCGCGCGCUAGAGGUGCUGAAGAAGCUGGCCCGUCGCCAGAUGAUGUACCACUCUUACGCGAUGCAGGUCCAUGGCUACGUCACUCCGAGCAAGGCCAUGGAAGAGGGUGAUAGUCCGCUUGUCUUGGUGCACGGGUACCAUGGGAGUUACUCCUUGCGUCACUGGUUGCAACUCUCGGAUUGGCUUCCAACCUUGGAAGCAACAUUAGCAUUGGAUGAAGAACAAGUAAAUUAUCUGCAUAGCCAUGGAAUGGCGCAUACUGAGCUUAGACUGGAGAAUGUUCAUGUAAGCCCAGUAGACAAGCAUGUCAAAGUUGGUAUUCUUGGGAAUGCUGUUGAUUUUCAUGACAAUGACCCCAGCAACAGUGCAGUAGCAAGUAACAAUGAGAGGCGGAAAAUGAUGAUAGCAUUUGACAUGAGGUGCGUGGGCUUCAUAAUGGCAAAGAUGGUUUUGAGAGAGCUCAUGGAUUCAUCGACAUUCCAAAAAUUUAAGUCAUUCUUGAAUAAGGGAAAUGAUCCAUCAUGUCUGCGUGAGUUCCUUGUACCGAUUCUAAGCCAAAAUUCUCCAUCUGGGAAUAUUGGUCUGCAGAUGCUAGAUAGGCACUGGGGUGCUGGCUGGAAUCUUUUGGCCUUAUUACUGGCAACAAAAUCUGACAAAAGGAUAAGUUGUGUCGAUGCACUGCGUCACCCCUUCCUUUGUGGACCUAAAUGGCGUAUAAGUCCAACAGUGAAUGUCGUACGCUGGGGCUUGGGAUCUACUGCUGUCCGCCUGGCUGAAGAUUAUAUUUAUGGGCAUCAUCAGCGUAGACGGUUAGCAUAUUUCAUUGAGUUGAUGGAGGUGCUAAACCCUAAUUCAAGUACAGAGAAUUGGCUUCGCCUCCUACCUGGUCGCUGGUGCCUCUUGUACUGCACUGGAAGGCACAUCGGUCUAACACUUCGUCAGCCUACCCCCAGAGUCCUCAUCAACGAUGCGUUCCUCACAUUCGCCGAAGCCCCAGAAUCUGUGGAUCCCAUUUUAUCUCUGACCUCAGAUAUUGGUUUCAAAAUCAUGCCGGAAUCCGACUGGCCCCACGACAAAUCUGGAACCGAAGGAAAUCUGUCAGUUACCACAUCGGCAAGGAUAACUCCUGGGAGGAUUUACACCAAUGCCGAGGAUGGUAAAGAGAGUAGUAGUAGGAUUACAUCUUCCAGAUAUCUUGGUGGUAAAUGGGGAAAAGCCGCAAAGAUGAAGGAGCUGCCAGCCAGCCUCCCCACCGCUAGCGUUAACGUGGAUGAGGACGACGUCGACGUGUCCAUGAGUUGCGGCUCAACUUUGAACGUCAAGUCUGCACGCAAUGUGCUGCAAGAGGUCCGUACGCAGACGCCACCGGAGAUGUUCGACCUGUCAAAGAUUGUUUGCGGUACAUACAUUGAUUCAAGGUUGAUGGUUCUUCGCGGUGUUAAUGGGUCGGCUUUACUUUUCGUUAGAUCAAACCCUAAGAGAUACAAUAAAAUAUCCUGGAGGCUUCCCCUACUACAACAAGGUUGGCCUGACUCCAGCAAGGGAGGGGCGAUGAUGGCGUCAACGGCGGCUGGAGCCAAUGGCGCUGGAGCCGGAAAUUGGGUCGGCGGUGGGUUGGACGAGCCGGAGCUCCACGGCGAUGACAGAGCGGCGACGCGCUUCAGGGGAAACGAGGCAAGGGUGAUGUCGCGGGGCAGCGGCACUACAAUACCUCGCGUCCGCCUGCUUGAGCUCGGCCUCCAGCCGCCGGUGGAUCUGGCGAGAAGGGGAAGGAAAGAGAGAAAUUCGAGGAGCAAGAAGGAGGCGGAGACGAAGGGAGUGAGGAUUGGAAGAGGGGAAGGGGGGAAGGGGACGGCUGCAGACCCCCAAGCCAUGGGUAAGGUGUUGGCGGAGAAGCCAGUUUAUGUUGAAGGCAUGAUCAAAUCCCUCGGGAGAGCCUGGUGUCCGCUAAAAGGGAUAAAGUGCAAGGAUCUGGGUGAAAAUGUGUUUCUAUUCACUUUUCUGCAUGCUUCAGGUAAAAGAAAAGUGCCUGGGAAUGUCCCUUGGAUGGUGGGGAAGGAUCUGAUAGUUUUGGAGGAUUUUGACCCGCUGAAGACUAUCGAAGAGUAUGAAUUCAAGUAUAUUCCGACCUGGGCCAGAGUCAUGAAAAUGCCACUAGGUCUGAUGAAUGAGGAGAAUGGAGAAAGUAUUGGUAACCAAAUUGGUGAUACGCUGGAGGUGGAGAUUGGAGAGGAUGAUUCGGCAAUAGGUAGCUUUCUAAGAGUGAAGGUGAAACUGGACAUAUCCAUGCCUCUCCUACGGGGUGUUACGUUGGACAUUAAGAGGGAGAAGGAAAAAGCUAGGGGUACCUAUAUAGAGAUGGAAGUGGACAAGGAUAAAAAGAAGAGAGAUGAUCAGAAGCUAUGUCCUCUAGAGUAUGAAUAUUUGCCAGAUUUUUGUUACACAUGUAGAAUCAUAGGUCACGUGGACAAGUUAUGUUCCACCAAAUUGGCAAGGGGCGAGAUCUAG